CAGAGCAGUGAUGCAGAUGAGAUGAUCUCCAUAUCUCACAGUGAGGAUGCUUGGCACAGACACCUGCAGGAUGAGCUGCUGGUCUCAGGAAUCACAGAGGAGGAUCAGUGGACGCCGUCUGAAGGCUUGAGCGCGGAUCAGUCCAGCUCUCCAAACAAUGAUCUGGAAGCUGAGACACAGCCAGCUUAUAAGAAUGUGCCAGGACCAUGUGAUCCUGAAGACCUCCUGGAUGGGGUGAUCUUUGGAGCUAAGUAUCUUGGAUCUACACAAUUACAGUCUGAGAAAAAUCCCUCCACCAAUGCCCGGAUGGCUCAGGCGCAGGAAGCUGUGGAUCGCAUCAAGGCACCUGAAGGAGAGUCUCAGCCUAUGACAGAGGUUGAUCUGUUUAUUUCUACACAGAGAAUCAAAGUACUGAGUGCUGACACACAGGAGGCCAUGAUGGACCAUGCUCUGCAAAUGAUUUCAUACAUCGCAGACAUUGGGAACAUUAUAGUUUUGAUGGCCCGCAGGAAGCCAGCCAAUCGCAAAUCAGCAGACUCGACGGCUAGCUCUGCAGCACCACCGAAGAAGUGCUGGAUGAUCUGCCACGUGUUUUCUUCAGAGGAUGCUCAGAUCAUCGCACAGGCCAUCAGUCAGGCUUUUGGUGUUGCAUAUCAGCAGUUUCUGUACGCUAACGGAAUAAAAGCUAGCGAUCUGAGGCCAGGCGAGUACAGCGAUUACCUCGGCACUCAAGAACUUUAUAACGGAGACCUGGUUCACUUUUCUCGCUCUGAAAACAUUAGAGAGGUGUGCAUAACAAAAAAGCCUGGAGAGAUAUUAGGCCUCGCGAUCGUGGAGUCUGGCUGGGGCUCCAUCUUGCCGACUGUGGUAGUAGCCAAUCUGCUACACGGUGGCCCUGCAGAACGUUCUGGAGAGCUGAGCAUUGGCGAUCGCAUCAUGUCCGUUAAUGGCACCAGUCUGGUGGGCCUCCCCAUUGCCACCUGCCAAAGUAUCAUACGAGAUUUAAAGAACCUUUUGAUAAUAAAGCUCAGCAUCGUUCACUGUCCACCUGUCACCAAUGCGAUCAUUAAGCGUCCAGACCCCAAAUAUCAGCUGGGCUUCAGCGUGGAAGAUGGGAUUAUUUGCAGUUUAAUGCGGGGUGGAAUAGCUGAGCGGGGCGGCAUUCGAGUUGGUCAUCGUAUCAUUGAGAUCAAUGGACAGAGUGUCGUAGCUACACCUCAUGAGAAGAUCAUCCAGAUCCUGUCCAAUGCUGUAGGAGAGAUUCAUCUGAAGACUAUGCCGACAUCAACGUACCGUCUCCUGACUGGCCUAGAUCAGCCCGUGUUCCUUUAGAAGGCUGGUCCUCUCAGGUUCUCUCGGUCACAUGCAAUUUUGCCACUGAACAUUUGAUUGAAGUGUAGAAAAAUGCUUUUAUUUAAACUCUGCCUUUUAGCAGAUGCAUUAAAGCUGAACAGUGUAAGAAUGUAUAGAGAUCAUGGACCUCCAUUUUAAAGCUGUUUUAGAGCUGCUUAUUUAACUGCUGAUUGAUAUGUGUACAUUUGUUUUUGCUCUUGCUGCUGAGCCAAGGUGCCUGAAAACAAGCCUUGUGUUUGAAUGACUAUGCAUUAGAAUCCACACUUAAAAUGAAUCUUGAAUCAUCUUGAGACUUCCAUCUCAAGCUUCCAGCAUUUCUGCAAUAUCGCAGUACAGUUUUGAUGUUCAGUGUUUUUAAAUGGUUUACAUGCUCUUUACAGAGCUCAAGAAUUAGUGCCUGUAAAAAAUAAAUGGACCUAUGCCUGGGUUUGUUUUUAGCUGUAGAGAGAGGUAUAUUUUAAUAACUGCUGUAAUGGAUGUUUAUUAAAGAUAGUACAUAAAGACAUAA